AUGGAACUGAACAUGAAAACGAUUGCCACGCUUGCAAUACUUGGAUUAUUUAUUGGGAAUGGUGUUUGCGAUUGUCCUAAUGGCUAUAUGAGGCAUGACGAUUCCUGUUAUAAAUUGUAUGCUUCUACUAAAGCAACAUGGGCCGAGGCAUUUAUGUAUUGUCAAGUGUUUGGUUCUGAUUUGGCAGUCAUUGAAACAGCAAGAGAACAAAACUUUAUAGAAGGUUUUCUUAGAAGGGAAUUCAAGAAAGGUAUGUCAGAUGGUGUGUGGAUAGGAGGUACAGAUGCCUUAGUAGAAGGAGAAUGGCAAUGGAUAAAAACUGGCGUGUCCAUCAACCAACAGGAAUACCGUCAUUGGUGGCCAGGAGAACCAAACUCGAGUGGUGCACUCGGAGAAGAUUGCAUGGAUCUCCUUCACCACGAAAGUUAUAACUGGAAUGACCAACGCUGUGAUGUGCAUGCAAAUUUCCUUUGCGAACGACCGGCCGUUACAGGACAGCAGAUCAUUGGAUAAAGGAUGUGCUCGAUUGAAA